AUGCUCGCCUGCGUAUCACGGAUCCGACAGCUCCAUGAACACGUCCACGGUCUUGUCAAUAUACUCCAGGUGCAAAGGACUUAUGGAAUCACAAGGUCCACACUCUCCGUACAACUAGGACACGGAUUGACGCCAUCACAGCAAGUUUCUGGUCGACGAUGUUUCGCCAGUAGCAGCGACAUGCCGCUGCAUUUUGACACGCAUCAUGUGGUGAAGCGUCUGCAAGACAAAGGCUUUUCGACGGAUCAGUCGGAGGCUAUUCUCUGCGUGAUGAAAGGUGCCAUGGCCGACUCGUUGGAAGCCCAAUCACGAAUUCUGGCGACAAAAUCUGAGCAUAUACAGCUGCGAGCAGAGCUGUCUGAGCGCGUGUUUAAUUCGACGCUCAAGUUUGACAUUGCACAGCGUCACUCGCGAGAGCUGCUAGAGCGCGACUUCAACACGCUGAAGCAGGAUAUCCGGAUGCUGGAGAAAAUCGACUUUGACAAGAUCCGCGUGGAAAUUGCUGAGCUCGAGAAGAAGUUUUUGCUGCAAAAGCAGGCAGAGGACAAGACGUUGAACGAGCUGCGUCUGACGAUGGAAAAGGUGGAAACGCGAAUGCUUCAGUACUCGGUAGGUUUCGCUGGUACUAUCAUGGCUGUCGGCGCUGCACUGAUGCGUUUAGUCCUAUAA